CUUCGACUUCGCCCUCGCCCUCCUUCGACAACCAUCCCCAGCCCUCCGUCCAGGCAGUUUAUCUUCAGUCGACUCGAAUAAUCCGCCAAGAUGGGUAAAGGAAAGCCCCGUGGACUCAACGCCGCGCGCAAGCUGGCCACCACCCGCCGUGACAACCGGUGGGCUGACCUGCACUACAAGAAGCGUCUGCUCGGUACCGCCUACAAGUCGUCUCCCUUCGGUGGUGCUUCCCACGCCAAGGGUAUCGUCCUUGAGAAGGUCGGUGUUGAGGCCAAGCAGCCCAACUCCGCCAUUCGCAAGUGUGUCAAGGUCCAGCUGAUCAAGAACGGCAAGAAGGUCACUGCUUUCGUCCCCAAUGACGGUUGCUUGAACUUCAUCGACGAGAACGACGAGGUCCUCCUGGCCGGUUUCGGUCGCAAGGGCAAGGCCAAGGGUGAUAUUCCCGGUGUCCGUUUCAAGGUCGUCAAGGUCUCCGGUGUCGGUCUCAUGGCCCUCUGGAAGGAGAAGAAGGAGAAGCCCCGCUCGUAAACAACUCAACCCACCAAACGAACCGGGACGGAAAAAAAUGAGGACGAAAGCGAUGGAGUGGCGUUUUUGACUGGAUCUUUCGAGAUGGCGGUUUCGGGGUCCUGCCCUAGAUGGAUUGAUUGAAUUGAAUGCAUUUGGGACGGUGGGAAAUCACGUCUGUGGUCUAGAUGGAUUUUUCAUGCCCGACUCGAGAAACAGAUUUGGGACGCAUGACCCUGCAAAUUGAUAUGAUCUUGCAGCUACUAUACGAUUGUGAUACUCCGAAUUUCUCUUUUUCUUUUUUCUCCUCUUCUUCUUUUACUUUUCUUAUUCCUCCCCAUCAACAAAAGAAAUAAAAUACAAAAGAAAAGAAAGAAAGAAGAAAGAAUGCCGCCAUGAUUGAUUCUGGGAUGGCCCCUCCAAUUCAAGUCCUUCCAAAAUC